GAGAAAGAGAGAAGAAAAAAAAAAGGGUUGAUGAUAACGAACACAUCACACGGAGGAGAGCAGCAGCACCGCCGGUUGGUUCAGAAUCCGAGAGCUUCUUCUUCUUCUUCUUCUUCAGAAAAGCCCAUGGAGGACAACGGGAACGUCAUCGCGCCGUUCGUUAUGAAGACUUAUCAGAUGGUCAGCGAUCCUAUAACGGACAGGUUAAUCGCUUGGGGGAGGGCUAACAACAGCUUCAUCGUCGUCGAGCCUUUGGAGUUCUCGCAGCGGCUGUUGCCGGCUUAUUUCAAGCAUAAUAACUUCUCGAGCUUCGUCCGGCAGCUCAAUACUUAUGGAUUCAGGAAGGUUGAUCCGGACAGGUGGGAGUUUGCGAACGAGUGGUUCCUGAGGGGGCAGACGCAUUUGUUGAAGAACGUGGUGAGGAAAAAACAUAAUCACAACAGGACGGUGACGUCGACGGCGUAUGGGAAGUCGGAGGAGCUUGACGACGAAGAAAUAGUUACGGAGAUAGCGAGGCUGAGGCAGGAGCAGAGGAGCUUAGAGGAAGAGGUGGAGAACAUGAGCAAGAGAUUGGAGGCGACGGAGAGAAGACCGCAGCAGCUGAUGGCGUUUCUUCACAGAGUCGCUGAGGAUCCCGAGAUUUUGCCACGUAUGAUGCUGGAGAAGGGCCGGAGACUCGCGGAGGGGUUGGGGGACAAGAAGCGUCGGCUGGUGAUAGCGUCCACCUCGUCCACGUCAUCAUCGGGGAUGGGGGCGACGGCUUCCGUGAAGACUGAGGAUGAAGUUGACGGGGCGAUGGGCGUGAUUUCGUCGCCGGAGACGGGUUUUGAGAUGGAGAGCUUUUCUCGGGGGUCGACGUCGCCGGAGGCGUCGACGGCCCAGGGGUGGUGGAGCCAGAACCGGGUUGUGGGUCUGAAUCGGAGUGAUAACGAGCUGUAUGGUAAUUCUACGGGGUUAGCGACGCAGUCGGGUCAUGGAAAUGGGAAUAGUGGUAAUUCCGGGUACGGGUUUGGCCCGUUUGGGUAUAGUGGAAAUAGGAGUGGUAGUGGAGAAGUGGGUUAUUUUGCGGAGCUGGAAGAGAGUCCACCACCGCCUUAUCCAUUCUCACUGUUAGAAGGUGGGUUUUAGUUUUAUUUAGUUUUUGCCUUUUUGGGGUAUUUAAUCUAAAUGUGCUACUGUUUUUUUAAAUGUUCAUCCUGUAAACUAAUAAUAAGAAUUCUUCGUUUUUGCCUGAUAA